GCCGAACAGCAAGUAUAAAGGGCAGCUUGUUUCGUCCCACGACUGUCUCUAUUUUCAGUAACCUAUCCUUCAUCCCUUUGCUUCUACCCCGCAGCAGUCAUCCGCUUCUCUUCCCCAAGAUAUCUCCUAUCCCAUUGUCCUUCUCAAGAUGCUCUUUUCCCCGGCCUUCUUUAGCCUUUUCGCUGGCGCCUCUGCCAUUGACAUCUGGCUGAAUUGGAACACCAGCAACUGCAAAGGCAGUAACAGCAUCCAUUGCGCGAACAUCGGCCCCGCUACGUGCUGCGCGAUUUCAGGCCAAUCUGGAAGCCCCUUUACUAGCAUCGCCUUCCGAGAGAUUCCUAGCAAUUGGAAUAUCGAAAUGAGGGGCCACCAAGGCAGCCAGUGUGGUCGACACCGUACUACUCAAACCAGCGGUGGCCGUACGGAGCUUUGCAUGGGAAGUGGACCAUACGGAGGAGGUGGCUAUAGCUUUGUCAACAAACGCCGCUCAGACACUGUCGACCUGCAAGAAGAGUGCACUGAUGUGGUGAAGCCUGACAUCGUGGCUUUCACCGACGGCAUUCAGUACAACAUCACCCAGCUAGACGACGAUUCUUUGGCUGAAAUUGUCGAAAUUGCUGCCUCCGGCGGCCUCUCCUCGGAUGUCCCUGAAGAAUUCGAAGUCUACAUCAUGGAGGAAAGAGCCACUAUGGAAGCUUAGGCAUGUUAGCAGUAUACUAUAGUUAGUUGCCUUUCCCUUUGUCUGAGGUACUAUCCUACUUUAUGAGUACCUUGACGGCAGGAGCCUGUUUCUGAAUAUACGUCCUACCUCUAAUCGUUAUUCAAUGAGUCA